AUGACUUCAGUAGUCUAUGCUCCUUAUUUACUUAUCCCAACUAUUCUUGUUUACUUUAGGUGUGUUCCACUCUGGCCAAUUGUUGGAAUAUGGUUUUCUGGUUUUUAUUUUGCAUGUCUUUUUUACUGUUUAGUAAGAUUUCUUUUAAGAUCAGAGAAUGGAUUUACUGGGCAAAUUAAAAAUGAGAAUCAAUCUACACCCUACGAGUGUGGUUUUCGUCCUCUUACCCCUAAUCGAACUCCAUUUUCUAUUCGUUUUUUUUUGAUCAGAGUUUUAUUUGUAAUUUUUGAUGUUGAAGUAAUUUUAAUUACCAGACUUCCUAUUAUGAACUCAGCAGGUGUUUGGGCCGCUACAUCACUUUCAGUUUUCAUAUUUACCAGUUUCUUGUUCUUUUCUCUAUUGUUUGAGGCCUUAAAGGGGGCUUUAGAUUGGGCUCCUAUUCUAAAAACAGAGGGUGAAUGGUGGGAAGGAAUUUGACGUCGUAAACCUAAAUCCUAG